GCAUAAGGGGAGUUCGUUGGUCGAAGCGAGGGAGAGUAAACUCGCCCACACACCCAGACACAAUGCUGUCUUUCAUAUUAAUACAAAACCGACAAGGCAAGACCCGGCUCGCGAAGUGGUACGUGCCGUAUACCGAUGACGAGAAGAUCAAGUUGAAAGGCGAGGUGCACCGCCUCGUAGCGCCGCGCGACCAGAAAUACCAGUCGAAUUUCGUCGAGUUUCGGAACCACAAGGUCGUGUACCGGCGGUACGCGGGGCUCUUCUUCUGCGCGUGCGUCGACACCAACGACAACGAGCUGGCCUACCUCGAGGCGAUCCACUUCUUCGUCGAGGUGCUCGACGCCUUCUUCGGCAACGUGUGCGAGCUGGACCUCGUCUUUAACUUCUACAAGGUCUACGCCAUCCUCGACGAGGUCUUCCUGGCAGGCGAGAUAGAGGAGACGAGCAAGCAGGUCGUGCUCACGCGGCUUGAGCACCUCGAUAAGCUUGAAUAAAGAUAUAGUGUAUUACCGGGAAAGAAAGAGACCGGAGGGAGGGGGAGAGAGAAUGAAGCAUGGGCUGAUUUGACUAUUUUAUUUUAUAGCGAGAUUGCCCGGUACGAUGCUGGACGGGAAAUCAUAGCCAUUCCCCCUCCCCUAAAAGGCUGAUGGCGCGUAAGAGCGGAUUUCAUGCUUGGGUGGCGUUCGAGGUGCUGGAGUCUGGAGUUAUCAUGCAUAUAGGCACGCAGGCGCCUAUGACCACUAGAGACUUUGUUCCCAGAGCAAGUCGGGUACAACGAGGUGUUGACACCACAAUGGUAUAUACUCAUGUAUAGGUGUUCCAGCAAUUACGUGAUUCCCUCUGACUAGGUCUCUUAGCAAUGCAAUUUUUAACUGGGAUGAGAAGAGACGGAGUAUGGUUUCAACAGAUAUUCAGCCUACGCUCAGGAAGAUUUGGACAUGAGAAAUUAGAGGUACAAAGAGCUAUGUUUAUGUCAAGUCUUUGAUCUCCGAGCCUAGCAGCACUAAAUUUACGAUACUCUCGACCACUGCUUCAACGAAUGUCUCUAGCCAAGUACCCCAUAAUCCACAUCAUCUAUUUUCGUUUCCGAGAAC